AAUCCCCAUCCCCAUCCCCCUCGCCAGCAUUCCUCUCCCCAACGCUCUGCGUAGGGCACGGCAAGUUUAUAAAGCCCACAAAUCCACGCACUAUACCGUUACCGGAGUCUUUCACUCGCAGCCAGGAUGUCGUCGUACCUAAACAACCUCCUCACGACCACAACGUCACGAUACAACUCGUUGCGGCGGACGCUCCUCUCAGACGAAGCAGACGGCGAUACCGAAGACGAUACCCACAUUUCGCGAGUGCUACGAGCGUACUAUACAGAGAAGGGCAGGCCAUUCCCGCCAUGGCUCCCCCCGGAUCCAAAAGCCCCCCAGGUCGCGCCCGCACAGUUUGUGUCCUCCUCCGGACGACAGCCGGGACCGGCUCAAAUGGGUCGUGGCGGCGGCGGUUUGAGCGAUCUCUGGGAUGCACCCCCACCGCAGCAACAACAAGAACCCCUUUCACUACGACGAGCACAGGGUCGUGGAGGAGGCGGGCGAUUCCAGGGCCGGCCGGGUAUGGGCGACACAUACUCGCCAGAACCCCAAAUUCAAGGCAGGCCUCUUCCUAGCCAGCGCGCCGGCAGUUAUCAGAGUGCCUCAUCUUUCGGACGCCCUCCCGCAGACCCAUCACCGCCGCCAAGCUCCGGGUCAGGAACCAGUGCUCAGGAGCGGCUGAAGGCUCGAUUAUGGGGCUCGGGACGAUCAACGAGUCCGGCACAGGGGGCAGCGUCCUCGACGAACGCAAGUCCGGCAGCAACUCCAGGCGCAGGGGGAAUGCGAAGCCCUUUUGACAGGCCUGGCGGGGGAGGAGGAAGGGCACCCUACCCCGACGACAGCAGCAGCGGAUAUUCUGCAGGAGGAGGGGGCGCAAGGCAGCAGAACUCGUACAACGUCUCUGCGAACGCGCCGUGGUCUGGCGGAGACGACCCAUAUGGCGGCGGCGGAGGGGGAGGGUAUGGGGGCAACGGGUACGGUGCAAGUGGUGGGCAAGACCGACGGCCUGGUGGAGGAGGUCGCGUCGGUCUGCCGAGUGGGCCGCGCAUCACACGGUCGUAGGCUUUGUUCAUGGCUUGUCAAUUACGGUAUAUACGAGUAUACCUUUAAUAUGACGCUUUGGUUUGAA